CAUUUGCGUCCGCCACUGUGCCACGAAGUCCCGAUUCGGAGACAUAAUAUAUAUAAUCAAACAAAUUAAAUUCAUAAAAAAAGAAAACAAAGCGAAGAGUGACGUUUUUACAGACAGAAAAGAGUGAUCAAAAUGCGCGGUGAAACACCAGAGUUUAAAAGAUGUUGCUUUUGUAUUCCUUUAAGAAGAGGAUUGAUUGGUUGGGGGUAUUGCAAAUUGGUGUGUAACAUUUUAACAUUUGCAUACAUAAUACUGUUAUGCUCUCUGAUUCGGCGUCAUAGCGAACUGCAAAUUAAACACAUUGCAGUAAUAAUUGUAUUGUUUGCGAUUGUCAUCACAGAUACUGGUUUUAAUAUACUUUUCGUUGUUGCGGGACACCGGAAAAGCGUCAAAUUGCUACGAGUGUCACACAUCUACAACAUGGUGUCUUUAGCUCUGGUGAUACUGGCUCACUGCUUCAAGAUCUACACCAACAUAUACUACAUAUACAGGAUAACGCAAUACGUGGGAUUCCAUAUGUUCUUCAUUGUAGAUCUAAUGGUCAGCGCGGCUCUUGCAUUCGUUGUUAUAUUUGUUCAAGUGUACCUGAUAUUGCUGAUUCGCAGUGAGAUGAUAAAACUACGGAACCAGUCACUAGAAAUACAAUACUCCAACCACUUGGCUGGCGAACCCCAGUGCAUUCUUCACAAAGCUGACGCGGACCAUUGCACGGACGAUAAAACCGUGCAAAACAGUUUUACGGGAAAAACCGUGCAGAACUGUUGCGAGAAACAAGUUAUUUAGAAAUGUGGCAUAUGGCAUUUCUUUUGCAAUAAGUGUUUAAAUGUUUUGUAAAACCAAGUCUAUUAAAUUAUACUGAAUAUUGUUCCCUUUAGCGACUAGUCUACGGAAUUAAACUGUUAUGUAAUGAUUCAUAGAUUUUUUUUUAUAUUGGAAACAAGCAUUUGAUUACAACCUCUGCUUGAAAAGUGCGCUUGAGGUCUAGGAUGGAGCAUGAUUAUGUCUACUACACUUCACUACAACAUAUCUCUUUAUCUCUGUAAAUGCUAAAUAAAUGUUAAAUAAGC